UGAAAAUGAAACAAGCGGGCUAAAAGAGCUUAAUACCCAAUCAGAAUGAGAAGAACAGUUCCCUUGCUUUUAAAAUAACCCAAGUAGCCUAAGCAGGUACAAUUUAUACAUAUUAUGUACAACUUGUAAGCUUGAUAUAGUGAUGGAUGAUGUCGAUGACUGCGUCAGUCACACAUCCCGCUUUACACAUACAUACAUACAUACAUACAUUAAUGUGACAUUUUAACAGCUGCUGCCUAGAUACAUUGAUAUAAGAGCAACACACCAUACCUCAAGCUCUCUAGCUGGACUUAAUAUUCAGGCUUACUCUUAUAAACCAUCCACAACCUUAGCUCCGUUCCGAAAGAUGUCGGUUAAGAGAUUAACAGUAUGCGGCGGCAGUGGGUUUAUUGGGUCUAGGAUAUGCAAGUUUGCUGUUGCUAGGGGAUGGGAAGUCACUUCUGUAAGCCGUUCCGGUGAACCCAAAUGGAGCACCGUCACCUCCUCCGACAAGGCACCGCAGUGGGCCCGCAAGGUCUCCUGGAAGCAAGCCGACGUGCUGCGUCCCGCAACCUACGUCUCCUUCCUGCAGAACGCCGACUACGUCGUGCACAGCAUGGGCAUCCUGCUCGAAGCCGACUACAAGGGCGUCCUCCAAGGCCGCGAGUCCCCCGUCGCGGGCCUCCGCAAAGCCUUCACCUGCGCCCCCCAACCCGGCAACCCCCUCGAGCGCAGCGUGCCGGCGGGCACGAACCAGGACAUCCGCCCCCCCGAGACGCGUGACCAGCUCACGUACGAGAACAUGAACCGCGACAGCGCCAUCAUGCUCGCAAAAGAAGCCGCGAGCGCCAACGCCCAGGCCUUCGUCUUCCUCUCCGCCGCCGGGGGCGCCCCCGUGUUGCCCGCACGGUACAUCAGCACGAAGCGCGAGGCCGAGAGCGCCAUCGCGAGCGAGUUCCCGCGCAUGCGCAGCCUCUUCUUCCGCCCGCCCUUCAUGUACGACGCCUCGCGGCUGAUCACCUUGCCCAUGGCCGCUUUGACGGGGGUCGGCGCCUUCUUCAACACCCUCACGCGGAACACGUUUGGCGGCGUCAUGGGCGCCGCGGGGGUGAGGCCGCUGCCGGCGGACACGGUGGCGGAGGCGGUGGUCGAGGCGCUGCAGGACGCCGAGGUCAGGGGGCCGGUCGAGGUGCCGGAGAUUGAGGAGCUGGCGAACAAGUCGUGGAGGAAAAAUCUGCUCUGAAAGAAAAAGAAAGAAAGAAAAAAGGAUCUUAUGUUAUGGCUUAAGUUGAUGAUCGAUCGAUCUACUUAGGUAUGACUAAAAUGUAUUAAAAGGACCCUACUUAUAGACUUGUACCAUAGCCUGCCCUAAAA